GUCCAGUCACGUAACUGGCCAGGCUGGAAAGUGCACCGACGAAGCACGUGGGACAGGCCACAGGCUCUGGGGCUGGAGGCCCCCUACACUGAAUGCCCCUUUCCUGGUUCAUGGCCUGCCCUGGAGGCUGACAGGCCACAGACCCAGGACCUGAGGGAGCUGCUUAUAGCUCACCGCGGGUGGGGAGACACGGAGCUUCAGUGGGCAGCAAGUGGCUGGAUCCACCAAGCCCUCCCUUGCCCACGCCAGCAGCAAAGAGGCCUACUCUGUCCUUGGAACAGCUUCUGUAAGGGACACGGAAUCAGCCCUCCUGGUCAUGGGAGGGGCAGUGAUCGACGAUGGCCCGACCGGCAUCAAGGCCCCGGAUGGGGGCUGGGGGUGGGCCAUCCUCUGGGGCUGUUUCGUUAUCACGGGCUUCUCCUACGCCUUCCCCAAGGCGGUCAGUGUCUUCUUCAAGGAACUCAUGCGAGAGUUUGGGAUAGGCUACAGUGACACGGCCUGGAUCUCCUCCAUCCUGCUGGCCAUGCUCUACGGGACAGGCCCACUCUGCAGCGUGUGUGUGAAUCGCUUUGGCUGCCGGCCAGUCAUGCUCGCAGGCGGCCUCUUGGCGUCCCUGGGCAUGGUGUCUGCGUCCUUCUGUGGCAGCAUCAUCCAGCUCUACCUCACCACAGGGGUCCUUACUGGCUUGGGUUUGGCGCUCAACUUCCAGCCCUCACUCAUCAUGCUCAACCGCUACUUCAACAAGCGGCGCCCCAUGGCCAACGGGCUGGCGGCAGCAGGCAGCCCGGUGUUCCUGUGCGCCCUGUCCCCGCUGGGGCAGGUGCUGCAGGACCACUACGGCUGGCGGGGCGGCUUCCUCAUCCUGGGUGGCCUGCUGCUCAACUGCUGCGUGUGUGCCGCGCUCAUGCGGCCCCUGGAGGCACCCCGGCAGAGUUCGGGUUCGGGGCCUGCACCCCAGCGGCCGCCCCGGCGGCUGUUGGACCUGAGCGUCUUCAGGGACCGUGGCUUCGUCAUCUAUGCCCUGGCCGCCUCCAUCAUGGUGCUGGGGCUCUUUGUACCACCUGUGUUCGUGGUGAGCUACGCCAAGGACCUGGGGGUGCCCGACACCCAGGCGGCCUUCCUGCUCACCAUCCUGGGCUUCGUCGACAUCUUCGCUAGGCCCACCGCCGGCUUCAUCACGGGGCUCAAGAAGGUGCGGCCCUACUCUGUCUACCUCUUCAGCUUCGCCAUGUUCUUCAAUGGCUUCGCCGACCUCACGGGAUCCACGGCCAGCAACUACGGUGGGCUGGUGGUCUUCUGCAUCUUCUUCGGCAUCUCCUAUGGCAUGGUGGGGGCCCUGCAGUUUGAGGUGCUCAUGGCCAUCGUGGGCACCCAGAAGUUCUCCAGCGCCAUUGGCCUCGUGCUGCUGCUGGAGGCCAUAGCUGUGCUCAUUGGGCCGCCGUCCGGAGGCAAGCUCCUGGACGCGACGCACGUCUACCAGUACGUGUUUAUCCUGGCGGGGGCCGAGGUGCUGGCCUCCUCCCUCGUGCUGGUGCUGGGUAACUUCUUCUGCAUUAGGAAGAGGCCCGAGACGGCCACGGAGGAGGAGCGCCACAAGCCCCCAGAGGAUGUGAGGGUGGACUCCCGGGAGGUGGAGCAGUUCUUGAAGACGGAGCCUGAGAAGAACGGGGAGGUAGUUCACACCCCGGAAACGAGCGUCUGAGCCUGGGGAGGAUGGCAGGGGUGCAGGGAACUGGACAGAGACCGUCAACGCUCGUAUUUAUUUCACAAACAGGACCAGCUUGGGCGGGGCCUUCGGCUCCGCGCCGGCUGCCCGGGCAGUGGAUCAUCACCCGAUCAGUGUUUUUCAGGGGAGGUGGCGGGGUGGGAACGUGUCAUUCCGAGGCGGAUCUGCGGUGAAGCCAAGCCGCGAGGUUAUGAGCCGUCUGCACCAGGGACCCCACCUGCUGACCCCAGGGAGCCCAGUGCCCACUGCUGGGCUCAAGGACCCAGAGACCCAACGCUUUGGAGACAACACAACUUUAAUCAGGGGGCGGGGCCAGGGACAGCUAUGGAGCGAGCACUACCACAACAGGCCUCCCCACGUGCCCAUGAGUGCCCUGUCCUACUGGGUCUCCCGUGUGCCCCAGCCCACCCCUUUUUUGAGCGUCUUAGUGGACAAAGCUCCCUCCUUCACCUCUGAAAGGUUUGAGAUAAACCUGCUCUUACUUAGGGACAGCGGUCUAACCGUUGACCCCAAAUGUCUUUCUCAAAAGACAGCCUGCUUAUUUUUACAAAGUGGUUUCAGUCCUCGUCAGCCACGUCAGCCUUCUAAAUACUGCUUGUUCUGGA